GUGUGGAAUAAGUGGAACGGUCAACAGUAAAAUUUCACCUAUAAAAAUCGUGUUCGACCCUCUCUUGCACGAAACACAAUAGAUUUUCUCAAUUUUAAUUGCUAGGGUUUCUGUAUACCUGUCUCUCUCGCAUUCAACCGGCGCACAUACAUACAUACAACUACUCAACUAUCUAAUUUCCGAUCGUUCUUUCAAUUUUCUGGAAUUCUUCUGCUUCUGAAUUGAAUUUGUGAAGCGUUGAUCGGUGAAUUUCGAAGAAAAAAAAAGAUGCCACCGAGAGUGACGAAGAAAACCGCGGCGGGGCCGGGUAGCAAGCGAGCUGUGCGGGGGCGGGGUGCGGCGGCGAAGUUGCAGGCCGGAAUUGACCUGAAGGAAUCAAACAUGAAAGCGGAGGAGGUCGACGAGUUUGAGGCUGCCGAUGCAGUGAGGGUUGAGGAAGAAAAAGCACCCGUAGUUACGGCGGAGGAGACGGAACCUGAGGAGAUUGUGAAGACGGAUGAUAAUGAAGACGAUUCUUCCAUGAAGAACAAUGAGGCUAAAGAGUCUCUGGAUGAUUGUGAGCGGCUAGACUUGGAGGAUAACGAGCCUGAAUAUGAACCUGAAGAGGAUGGUGGUGUAGAUUAUGAUCCUUCAGAAUUGGGAGGUGAAGUAGAGGAAGAUCCUGAGGAAAUUUACAUCGAGGAAGAAGGCGAUGCGGUAGAGGAGGAAAUGGAAGGUGUACAUGAUGUACUUGAACCUGAGGAAGACGGGCAGCGUGUAGAGGAGCGUGCUGAGAUGUUUGAUACUGCCGAGGAAGAUGAACACCAUGAAGUUUUCAAAGAAAGACGCAAGCGGAAGGAAUAUGAAAUAUUUGUUGGGGGAUUGGACAAGGAUGCCAGUGAGAGUGAUCUUAGGAAAGUUUUCAGUGAAGUUGGUGAAGUUACUGAAGUGAGACUCAUGAUGAAUCCUCUAACGCAAAAGAACAAGGGUUUUGCAUUCUUGCGUUUUGCAACUGUGGAGCAAGCAAAACGAGCUUGUGCUCAGCUGAAAAACCCAGUGGUUCAUGGCAAGCAGUGUGGUGUUACCCCAAGCCAGGACAGUGAUACUCUAUUUUUAGGAAACAUAUGCAGGACAUGGACAAAAGAAGCUUUGAAAGAAAAGUUAAAGAACUAUGGUGUUGAUAAUAUCGAGGAUUUGACAUUGGUUGAAGACAGUAACAAUGUAGCGAUGAACAGAGGAUUUGCCUUCUUAGAGUUUUCCUCCCGAUCCGAGGCCAUGGAUGCUUACAAGCGUCUACAGAAGAGGGAGAUAAUGUUUGGUGUUGAUAGGCCUGCUAAGAUUUCGUUCGCAGAUUCCUUCAUUGACCCUGGCGAUGAAAUCAUGGCCCAGGUUAAGACUGUGUUUGUGGAUGGUCUAUGUGCUUCUUGGGACGAGGAACACAUCAGGGGACUCCUCAAAAAAUACGGAAAGAUUGAGAAAGUUGAGCUUGCUCGUAAUAUGCCAUCUGCCAGGAGAAAGGAUUUUGGAUUUGUCACGUUUGAUACCCAUGAUGCUGCAGUAACUUGUGCUAAAAGUAUCAAUAAUGAGGAAUUAGGUGAAGGAGAUAAUAAGGCUAAAGUGAGAGCCAGACUGUCAAGACCACUUCAAAGGGGCAAAGGAAAACAUGUUGCUCGAGGAGAUUUUCGGCCUGGACGUGGAUCUAUUGGAGGUGUUAGGAGUCCAUGGGGCCGCCCUGUUCCUCAUAGUAUCCCUCUUCGUGGCACCAGAGGAAUUGGACCACGUUUUCCUCCUGUAGUUGAUCGCGGCUUUAAAAGGCCUGCUGUUAUUCGAGACAGAAGACCUGUUAUGGAUGCCCCUCCAAGGGGCAGGCCUGUUGCUCCUUUGCCGAGGUCCUAUGAUAGGAGACCACCUGUUCCGUCAUACCCAAAGAGUGGUGGUUUCAAGAGGGAUUAUGGUCAGAGGGAGGAGCUUCACCCUAGAAGCAGAGCCCCAGUAGACUAUAAUCCCAGAGCAACUUCAGAUAGACGCCCACCCUACAGAGAGGAUUAUCCUCACCCUCGUGAAUCUGGUUACCCAGAUUUGCCUAGAAGCGUCACAUCAAGACCUGCACCAAGAAGAGCAUAUGUUGAUGACGGUUAUAGUAAUCAAAGGUAUGAAAGGCCACCUCCAACUUACCGCGAAGGACGUGGGCGCGAAUAUGAUUCUAUGCCUGGGACAAAACGCCCAUACUCCGCUGUGGAUGAUGCUCCUCCUCCACGCUAUGCUGAGGCAGGAAUGCGCCACUCUCGUGCUCGUGUGGAUUAUGAUCUUGGUCCAAGUGCUUCUCAUCACUACGGCGACGCAUACAGUGAUAGGUUUGGGAGAUCAAAUGUAGGAUAUGGUGGAAGCAGUGGAAGCAGAAGCUCUUUGUCUAGUCAAGACUCUCAUGGGAUGUACAGUGGUCGUCCGGGUAUGAGCUAUGGUGGAGGCCCUUAUGGUGGUAGUGAUGCUGGUGGAAUGUACUCGUCAAGCUAUGGUGGUGAUUAUAUGCCUCGUGGGAGUGAUGUUGGUGGAAGCUCUUACUCCUCGUCGCUCUAUCCUGGACGCGGUAUGGGUGGUAAUAAUUACAUGGGAGGCAGUGGUUCCGGGUCUUACUAUUAAGAUUAAAUGGAUAAACACUCUGAAGCCAUAGUUUACGCAUCCGUUUUCGAGGGUGCUAUACUCGGCAGAUAUGGAGCAAUAUGGUUAUGGUUAACUUGUGUAUGGCAGAAACUGGAAUUAAGACGAGGCUGCUCUACUGUAGGACGAUGAUGGUUUGAAGUUUGGACCUUUAAUGCAACUCGUGUAUCCCGAUGAAGUGAUAUAAAUGACAUUCCAUGACCUGGAAGAGAGACUCUGAGUAGAAUCUUUAGGUGGCUGUAUAACGGACCGACGUAUUUAAAGAUCUGGUUUGGAUUUCAUCCUAUUUAUUACUAAUGCUGUAAGGACACAUAGUUUUUUCAGAACUUAAACGGGGACAUGUUCACCAGCUUGCGAUAAUUUAUAAACAAUGUCUUUUAGUACUCCUAUUGUUUGUCAGUGGAAAAAAAAUGGAAAAAGUAUAUACUAUCCGUUCAGAGGGUAAUUUAAUACUGAACUGAUGAAGCUACACGUGGUGUUGAAGGGCCACAUGUACUUCUAUUUGGUGCAAGGUUUUGGAUGAAGCAUUUCAAA